AAAGAAUUCUCUGCGACUGACUCCGUCGCAAUUCACAUCGCCCUCAUGUCCUCUGAGCUUGAGCGGUAUAUCAGUGACAAUUCUCUUCGAUUAUUUGGCGUCGCGGACCGUAGCAUUAUUGACUAUGUGUUAGCUUCAGCUUCCUCUUCAAAGACACCCGAGGCCCUUUUCUCGGCCCUGAACGCUUCCGGAUUGCCAGAUACCGCCGAUGCUCAUGAAUUCAUAAACCAAGUAUUCCAGCAAGCACCUCGCAAGCACAAACAUAAACGGACAGCUGCCGAGAAAGCUCAACGACAAGCCGAAAAGGAAGCCAAGGCACUGCGCUCACAGAAAUUUGGCUUACUUCUGGACGAAGGAGGAGACGAUGUAGCUCCGUUGCCCAAAGAGAAACGGCAGAAAGAGAGAAAACACGAUCGUCAGACACGGAAACGUGAAUAUGACGAGAAAGAGUGGGAGAGUGACGAGGAGGAAAAGGCCAGGAAGCGGUGGAAGGGUGACGAUGCCGAGGUCGAGGAGGAUAUUGAGCCGGAACUUCCGGAGGACGAGGAGGCCAGGAAGGAGCGAGAGCGUUUGGAGGAUUUAAAGGACAGGGAUGCCUUUGCUGAACGGGUGCGAGACCGAGAUCGAGAGAGGACGAAAAAGAUUGUAGAGGACCGGUCAUCGAAAGCCUCAGGCGCCGCUGCCGAUGCCGCUCAGCGGCGACAGCUCGCUGACGACGCUGAUGCCCGCGGGAUUGCUCUUCCGUCAUUACGACUGCACUCGCGGCAAGAAUAUCUGACAAAGCGUGAGAUUCAGCAAAUCGAGCUGCUUCGCAAAGAAAUAGCCGAUGAUGAAUCUCUCUUCAGUGGCAUGAAGAUAUCGAAACGGGAGAGACGGGAGCUGGACCGGAAGAAGGAACUUCUCAAGCUCGUUGAGGAGCGGCUGAAGAUCAAUGACAAGUGGGAUGGCUAUGCUUUACCGGAAGAUUAUAUUACGGAACAGGGAAAAAUCGACAAGAAGAAGAAGGAGAACGCAUUGUAUAAACGGUAUGAGGAGGCUAAACCGAAGGACGACCAGUUCACCACGGAUGUGGACCAAUGGGAGGCCAGUCAGACUAAGCACAGUACCUUCAAGACCGGUGCAAUGGAUAAGAAGGAGGUUGUAGAUGACUACGAAUAUGUCUUUGACGAGAGCCAGACCAUCAAGUUCGUGAUGGACUCCGCAUUACCUGGGACGAAAAUGACUGCCGCCGAGAAGUUGAUACAAGAUCAAAUAGAUGCAGCUGAAAAGCGAGCUCGAACAAUUGAAGAAACUCGCAAAAACCUUCCAAUCUAUGCGUACCGGGAGCAACUCAUUGAGGCUAUCAAGGAACAUCAAGUGCUCAUCGUAGUGGCCGAAACAGGAUCCGGGAAGACUACCCAGCUGCCCCAGUAUCUUCAUGAAGCUGGAUAUACGGCUGGUGGAUUGAAGAUCGGUUGUACCCAACCGCGUCGUGUCGCCGCGAUGUCCGUCGCCGCUCGUGUUGCCGAGGAAAUGGGUACAAAAGUCGGAUAUGAAGUAGGGUACUCCAUUCGCUUCGAGGAUUGCACCAGCGACAAGACGGUCCUGAAAUAUAUGACAGAUGGCAUGCUGCUUCGAGAAUUCUUAACGGAGCCGGAUUUAGCUGGAUAUUCUGCUUUAAUCAUCGAUGAGGCGCACGAAAGGACUUUAAGCACAGAUAUUCUCUUUGCCCUUGUUAAGGAUAUUGCACGUUUCCGUCCAGAACUCCGUCUAUUGAUUUCGAGUGCUACAAUGGACGCCGAAAAGUUCAGCGAAUAUUUUGAUGACGCGCCGACUUUCUACGUUCCGGGCCGUCAGUUCCCCGUCGAUAUCCACUACACACCCCAACCUGAAGCUAAUUAUCUUCACGCUGCCAUCACCACCGUCUUUCAAAUCCAUACCACACAACCGAAGGGCGAUAUUCUGGUGUUUUUGACGGGUCAAGAAGAAAUCGAGGCUUGCCACGAGAAUCUACAAGAAACAGCCCGUACAUUGGGCAAUAAGAUUGCGGAGCUGAUCAUAUGCCCCAUCUAUGCUAAUCUUCCGAGCGAUAUGCAGGCGAAGAUAUUUGAACCUACUCCCGAAGGUGCUAGGAAGGUGGUCUUGGCUACGAACAUUGCCGAAACGUCCAUCACGAUUGACGGUGUAGUCUUUGUCAUCGACCCUGGUUUCGUCAAGCAAAACUCGUACAACCCAAGAACUGGAAUGUCAUCACUAGUCGUCGUGCCGGUAAGUUCACUUUCACUGAUUAUGUUCCGCUUCGUCGUUAAUUCGUUUCAGUGUUCCCGCGCUUCUGCCAAUCAGAGAGCAGGAAGAGCCGGUCGCGUCGGGCCUGGAAAGUCAUUCCGACUGUACACAAAAUGGGCAUUUUCAAAUGAGCUGGAAGCUAACACCGUGCCCGAAAUACAGCGUACAAAUCUUGGCAUGGUCGUUCUGCUUCUCAAAUCGCUGGGUAUCAACGAUUUGAUUGGGUUUGAGUUUUUGGACCCACCUCCGGGGGAGACCUUGAUGAGAGCAUUGGAGUUACUCUAUGCCUUGGGAGCCUUGAAUGACAGAGGAGAACUCACGAAGCUUGGCCGGCGGAUGGCAGAAUUUCCUGUUGAUCCUAUGUUGUCGAAGGCGAUCAUUUCGAGUGAAAAGUAUGAGUGCACUGAUGAGAAACUUCACGCUGACCAAGCACGACAAAACUUUGUUCGUCCUGGCGGGGAUCAUUUCACCCUUCUGAACGUUUGGGAGCAAUGGGCCGAAACGAAUUAUUCGCAGCAGUUUUGUUACGAACAAUUCCUCCAGUUUAAGAGUCUUAGUCGGGCGCGUGACAUCCGUGACCAGCUGGCAGGGUUGUGCGAGCGGGUGGAGAUUGUGAUAAAAUCAAACCCCAACUCGAAUGAUAUAACCCCCGUCCAGAAGGCCAUAACGGCCGGCUACUUCUAUAAUACUGCUCAACUACAGAAGAGCGGUGAUUCAUACCGCACACUAAAGACGAAUCAUACUGUCUAUAUCCAUCCAUCAUCAAGCUUGUUCCAAUUCCAGCCGCCUGUCAAGACACUGCUGUACUACGAGCUUGUCAUGACAUCCAAGUCGUACAUGAGGCAAGUGAUGGAAAUAAAACCUGCUUGGCUCAUGGAAGGUGCGUUUUAUGUUAUUAUGUUCCUGGUGUAAUUGCUGACGUGCUCUGAAUGUAGUGGCACCGCAUUACUUUAAGCCGGCCGACCUGGAGCAGUUAGCCUCGGGUGACAAGAAAAUGCCUAAGAAUGAUGCUGCAUCUCUUAGCUCUGCUAAAUCAUGAUAAUGUAUCGAGUUGUAUAUUGUAUAUUAUAUUUCAGUAUGGGAGAAGUUGCCUUUAAGAAGUACAUGGUAACUUAGUAGACAUUUCCUUG